GGCAAAUGAACCUUCAGUUUCCAAAUCUCACAAAAGGGGUCUGCUUGCUCUUGGUGAGAGCCCCACUGCAACUAAGACUAGGAGGCCAGUCCGGCUAGACGGAGCGAUUGAAGGGAAGCAAAUGCUCUCCAGACGAUGCCUUUCUUCUUUAAGCAUCCUGUAAAAGCCCAAGUCCCUGACCUGGAUAGCUCAGUUUCUGCCGUCAUGGCAGACUCGCAGGACAUGCUGGAGCUGCAGCGCGAAGUGAUGGAGGAGCUGGGCAUGUCCAUGGAGGAGCUCCGGCAAUUCAUCGAUGAGGAGCUGGAGAAGUCAGAGUGCAUCCGGCGGCGGAAGGAGGAGCUGAAGCGCCUGGAGGAAUAUGUGAAGGAGAAGGAGGCGGAAGUGGCCCAUGUGGACCAGCUUCUCGACAAUGCUGUGAAGGCUGUUGACAAGUGUGAGGUGCUGGUCAAAGAUGUGUAUGCCAACCUGGGUUUGGAGUAUCACGAGACAGACUCUGAGGAGGACGAUGCUUCUAAGCCUAUGGAAGUGAUCGAGAUCCCUGACGAGGAUGACGAUGUUAUGAGUGUUGAUUCUGGCGACGCAAGUAACAAAAUUGCAAAGGACCAGUCCUUGCUUCGAGAGGCCAUGGCUGCUAUGAGGAAGUCAGCUCAGGAUGUCCAGAAGUUUAUGGAUGCGGUUAACAAAAAGACAGGCAGCCAGGAUUCUCUGAGAGGAUCCCAGCAAAUUGGAUGUGAAAUUACCCAAGAUGGAGACCUGGCCGUGGGCGACCGGAUCCUGGGCAAGAAGCGGACAAAGACGUGGCACAAGGGAGCACUGAUCGCUAUCCAGGCAGUGGGGCCUGGGAAAAAGUACAAAGUGAAGUUUGACAACAAAGGGAAAAGCUUGCUGUCAGGCAACCACAUCGCGUACGACUAUCACCCAUCAGACGAUAAGCUGCACGUUGGGAGCCGGGUGGUGGCUGAGUACAAGGACGGGAACCAGAUGUGGCUGUACGCUGGCAUCGUGGCGGAGACACCCAACAUCAAGAACAAAAUGAGGUUCCUGAUCUUCUUCGAUGACGGUUAUGCCUCUUACGUCGUCCUGCCUGAGAUCUACCUCAUCUGCCGGCCACUCAAAAAGACUUGGGAGGAUAUAGAAGAUAUGUCAUGCCGGGACUUCAUCGAAGAGUACAUCACGGCCUACCCGAACCGUCCCAUGGUUUUGCUCAAGAGCGGCCAGCUCAUCAAAACGGAGUGGGACGGCACUUGGUGGAAAUCCCGCGUGGAGGAAGUGGAUGGGAGCCUGGUCAAAAUCCUCUUCCUGGACGACAAACGCUGCGAGUGGAUAUACCGAGGCUCCACCCGCCUGGAGCCCAUGUUCAGCAUGAAAACCUCCACUGCCUCUGCCCUGGAAAAGAAGCAAGGUGGACAGAUGAGGACCCGGCCGAAUGUCGGUGCUGUGCGGAGCAAGGGGCCGGUGGUGCAGUACACUCACGACUUGACAGGAACCGGCAUGCAAUUUAAGCCUGUGGAGCCACCCCCAAUGCCGAUCAUAGUGUCCCAGCCAGUUUCACCUCAGAUUGUUGAAGUGGACAGUCCAGAGAGCCAGCUAGCUCAGUCCAAAAAGCAGCAGGUGGCCAAGAAGAGCACUUCGUUCUUGCGCCCAGGCUCCGUGGGGUCAGGACCGUCUUCUCCGCCUUCUCCUGUCCUGGGUGAAGCGCCUCCUGCCGGGAGGACGGGGGUGACCCAGCAAUUCCGGUUCUCUAGCACUCAGCCAGCCAGCAGCAUCGUUCAGCAGUUCCACAAUGUAGUAGACCGUCUCCCCACCGAGCCUUCCUACAGGGCCCCCGUGGAGAAGCUCUUCUACCUGCCCCACGUGUGCAGCUAUACCUGCCUGUCGCGGGUGCGCCCCUUCCGCAGUGACCAGUACCGCAGCAAGAACCCUCUCCUGAUCCCGCUCCUCUAUGACUUCCGGCGCAUGACAGCCCGCCGGCGCAUAAACCGCAAGACGGGCUUCCACGUCAUCUACAAGACGCCCUGUGGCCUGUGCCUGCGCAGCAUGGGCGAGAUCGAGCGGUACCUCUUUGAGACAGACUGUGACUUCCUCUACUUGGAGAUGUUCUGCCUGGAUCCUUACGUGUUGGUGGACCGCAAGUUUCAGCCGUACAAGCCGUUCUAUUACAUUGCCGACAUCACCAAGGGCAAGGAGGACGUCCCCCUGUCGUGCGUCAAUGAGAUCGACAGCACGCCCCCGCCUCAGGUGGCCUACAGCAAGGAGCGCAUCCCAGGCAAAGGGGUCUACAUCAACAUCAGCUCAGAGUUCUUAGUGGGGUGUGACUGCGACGAUGGGUGUCGGGACAAAUCAAAAUGUGCUUGCCACCAGCUGACGAUCCAGGCAACCGCCUGCACUCCUGGGGGACAGAUAAACCAACAUUCCGGGUACCAGCACAAGCGACUGGAGGAGUGUCUUCCCACAGGAGUUUACGAGUGCAACAAGCGGUGUAAAUGCAGCAAGAAUAUGUGCACCAACCGCUUGGUGCAGCACGGCCUCCAGGUGCGGCUGCAGCUCUUCAAAACGCAGAACAAAGGAUGGGGCAUCCGGUGCCUGGAUGACAUUGCCAAGGGCUCUUUCGUCUGCAUCUAUGCAGGAAAAAUCCUGACGGACGAUUUUGCUGAUAAGGAGGGCCUGGAGAUGGGAGACGAGUACUUCGCCAACCUGGACCACAUAGAGAGUGUGGAGAACUCGAAGGAGGGAUACGAGAGCGAGGCCAAGUGUUCCUCCGACAGCAGUGGCGUCAACCUGAAGGACGACGAGGACGAGAACUCGGGCUCUGAGGAACCGGAGGAAUCCAAUGAGGACAGUUCGGACGAUAACUUCUGCAAGGAUGAGGACUUCAGCACCAGCUCGGUUUGGCGUAGCUAUGCCACCCGCCGCCAGACGCGGGGCCAGAGGGAGAACGGCCUCUCAGAGACGGCCUCCAAGGACUCCGGCCUGGCCAGGCAGGUCAGCCAGGAGGAGACCACGUUCUGCAAGCCCCCCUUCUCGGAAGAGACCUCCAAGAACAAGGUGGCCUCCUGGCUCAGCUCCACUAUGCCUGACAGCUUCCAGGACAACGACAGUCGGUCCUCCUUCAGGACGCACGAGGCAGCCGAAGCCAAGCCGGUCAAAGCGGAAACGGCAGAAUCCGAGAAGGCCUCGGCUGUCGGACUUGCAACCAAGGAGGAGACGGGCCUGGAUGCAGACGUGAAGGUCAAGAAGAAAGAGGAACCUGAGGACCACAGCAGAUCUACACCGAUGGGCAAUACAGGCAGGGUGUAUGGCUACAACCCAAACCCUGUGGUACCCGAAGGAAUCCGGAGGCCGGUCAGCAAAACUGCCCUGCAUCAGAGCCGAAGGCAGACAGAGACACAGCAGAGCCCUGCAGAUCAAGACGUGCUUAUGCUCUCGAGUAGCACGGACAGCGAAGGGGACAACGGGCAAGCCACCUCUGGGCAAGCGCCAGGCAACGCAAAUGACAGCGAUGACAUCCAGACAAUUUCCUCCGGGUCUGAGGACGAACAGGGGGCUGACGAGAAGAAGAACCUCGCCUCUGGGCUUGGGCCUGUGAAGAGGCAGGUGGCCGUGAAGUCCACCCGGGGCUUUGCCUUGAAGUCGACUCACGGCAUCGCCAUCAAGUCGACCAAUCUGGCUUCGGGGGAGAACGCCCGGAGGAACACGCGGCAGUUCUACGAUGGCGAGGAGUCCUGCUACAUCAUUGACGCCAAGCUUGAAGGCAAUCUUGGCCGCUACCUCAACCAUAGCUGCAGCCCUAACCUCUUUGUGCAGAACGUCUUCGUGGACACGCACGAUCUCCGCUUUCCAUGGGUAGCCUUCUUCGCAAGCAAGCGGAUCCGAGCCGGGACGGAGCUUACGUGGGAUUACAACUACGAAGUGGGAAGCGUGGAGGGGAAGGAACUCCUGUGCUGUUGCGGAGCCAUCGAGUGCAGAGGCCGGUUGCUGUAAGAGGGAACGAGAUGCUGUGUGCGAGGCGGUCUUUAAAAGACCACACAAAACCUCCUAGCAGGGAAAAGACGUUCCUCUGCCCCUACCCAUUUUGCCAGUGUCUUUCCCUCUCUUUCAAAAUACUCCCCUUGUUUGCAUUUUUGUGUAUCAGUUGUACCGCUGUUGAGGUGUCAUGUUCAGUCAUGGCUACAUGUUGUACAGUGGCGUUUUUGUUGUUAUUAAGCAAUAAUAAAAUGUUGAUGUGCAGUCUU